UUUGCAGAUUCUGGCUUCAGAGCGUGGGGAGCGGGAUCCUAUCCCUGUCGUCUGGCUGGGUGAAGGCGGCAGCUGCAGAGCAGGACAAGGCUUCUCAGCUCCUCGUUAUCCUCACACCCACCUCCUGCUGCCUGCCUCUGCUGCCUGCGGCUGUCCUGCCCCGAGCUCCUGUACAGCAGAGCAGCAGGGCACUCGGAGCUGAGCACAGGGCUAGAAAGCCUGUCCCUCUCCCAGUCGCGCAGGCACAGGCAGAGCCCUGGGCUGAAUAGUCAUGACAGCUGAAAAGACUAUUCCCAUAAUUAACGGCAAGCCAGAAGAUGUUUUGGACCCAGAAGCCUCCAGUACAAACCUUGUUCACCGCAAUGAUAAGAAAGUUCAUGAAAGAGGCCACUGGAACAAUAAGGUUGAAUUUGUGCUUUCUGUGGCAGGGGAGAUUAUUGGUCUGGGAAAUGUAUGGAGAUUUCCAUAUCUUUGCUACAAGAAUGGUGGAGGUGCUUUCCUCAUCCCAUAUGUGGUUUUCUUUAUUUGCUGUGGAAUACCAGUAUUUUUCCUGGAAACGGCCUUGGGACAGUUUACUAGCGAAGGUGGUAUUACAUGCUGGAGGAAAGUUUGCCCUCUAUUUGAAGGCAUUGGAUAUGCUACCCAAGUUAUAGAGGCACAUUUAAAUGUAUAUUACAUCAUCAUUUUAGCAUGGGCUAUCUUCUAUCUGUUUAACUGCUUUACUACAGAGCUUCCUUGGGCUACCUGUGGACAUGAAUGGAAUACAGAAAACUGUGUGGAAUUUCAAAAGCUUAAUAUAAGCAACUGCAGUCAAGUCUCUUUACAAAAUGCCACUUCUCCAGUCAUGGAAUUCUGGGAACGCAGGGUGCUUGCUAUAUCCGAUGGAAUUGAACAUAUUGGGAAUCUUCGCUGGGAACUUGCAUUAUGCCUUCUAGCUGCUUGGACUAUCUGCUAUUUUUGCAUUUGGAAAGGAACAAAGUCAACUGGAAAGGUUGUAUACGUAACAGCCACAUUCCCUUAUAUCAUGCUGAUGAUUCUUCUGAUUCGUGGAGUAACGUUACCAGGGGCAUCUGAGGGGAUAAAAUUCUACCUGUACCCUGACCUUUCUCGACUGUCUGACCCCCAGGUGUGGGUGGAUGCUGGUACACAGAUAUUUUUCUCCUAUGCAAUCUGCCUGGGGUGCUUGACAGCCCUGGGAAGCUACAACAACUAUAACAAUAACUGCUACAGAGACUGCAUCAUGCUCUGCUGCUUGAACAGUGGUACGAGCUUUGUUGCUGGUUUUGCUAUCUUUUCAGUUCUUGGGUUUAUGGCUUAUGAACAAGGGGUUCCCAUUGCAGAAGUCGCAGAAUCGGGACCAGGACUUGCAUUCAUUGCUUACCCUAAAGCUGUUACCAUGAUGCCUCUUUCUCCUUUGUGGGCUGCUCUGUUCUUCAUGAUGCUCAUAUUCCUUGGAUUAGAUAGUCAGUUUGUGUGUGUCGAAAGCAUUGUGACUGCUGUGGUGGACAUGUACCCAAAGGUUUUCCGAAGGGGCUACCGAAGGGAACUGUUGAUUCUUGGCCUUUCUAUUGUGUCAUACUUCAUUGGCCUCAUAAUGUUAACUGAGGGUGGCAUGUAUGUCUUUCAGCUGUUUGACUCCUAUGCAGCCAGUGGCAUGUGUCUCCUUUUUGUUGCCAUAUUUGAAUGUGUCUGCAUAGGCUGGGUUUAUGGUAGCAAUCGCUUUUAUGAUAACAUUGAAGAUAUGAUUGGAUACAAACCACUGUCAUUGAUYAAAUGGUGCUGGAUGGUCUUAACUCCAGGUAUUUGUGCAGGAAUCUUCAUCUUUUUCCUGGUGAAAUACAAGCCUUUGAAAUAUAACAACGUAUAUACGUACCCUGACUGGGGCUAUGGCAUAGGGUGGAUGAUGGCGCUCUCCUCCAUGAUCUGCAUCCCACUGUGGAUCUGCAUUAAGCUGUGGAAAGCAGAAGGCACCUUUUUAGAGAAAUUCAGGAAAUUGAUUACACCUAGCUCAGAUCUGAAAAUGAGAGGGAAACUUGGAGGAGCAGCCUACAUAGCAGCAAUAAAUGACUGCGACGCCAAACUGAAAGGAGAUGGCACCAUUUCAGCCAUUACAGAAAAGGAGACACAUUUCUGAAAGAACUAUCUUUUUGCCUUUUUUUUUUUUUUUUGUAUAAAUAAAUAAAUAAAUUCACUUAAUUAUAGAGGCUGGCUUGUUUUGCACAAAAUUUUAUUAACCAGUUAAUUUUAAAGUCAACAUUGUAUACCUGUUUAAAAGUGAUUUUUUUAAAUGACUAUAUAAGUAAUAAAUAUGUAAAAGAAAAAGAAAUAAUAGUAUUGUGUAUUAGUGAUGACUUCCUGUAAUAUGGUGAUUGCAGUAAAUUUUUUUUUAGAAGUUAGAGGGAUCUGUAUAAUGUGCUGUAAAACUUUUCUAUUUAGAUUUCUGGCAGAUGUGAUGUUGUAUAGAUACAUGUGUUCUAAACUGUAAGCAUUUCAGACCAUUUCAGCUUUCAAUGUAUGUAUAUAAAGGGGACCAGAAUGUCCUUUUGUUUAUGUUGGAAGAAAUCAUGGAGGGAGAGAGGGGCUCACCUGUAGCU